GAGAAGGCUUAUGUGACAGAUGUGACAAACUAUGUCCUAUCCAUUUCAGAUGGGUUUUAAAAUUUGCCUGUAUUCUCAAAAAUUAUUCAGGAUUGUCUUAUUAAAGUUGUUCCAACGUACCGUGCAUCCAUACAUGGGCAACAAACAUUUCAUGACGCUUUCUUCACAGCGAAUGUGUGCAAAAUUUAUGAAUAAUUUCGUUUCUCUUCAUCGACGUUAUAAUAGCCGUUCAACUGAUUGCAUAGGCGCUUUCCUAUUGAUAACAUUUUUUCUUUUCUUUUCGCGAAGAAAAGGAAUUUUCGCUUGAUUUCCAAAAAUUCAGGAAAAAAAAAUUCAAUGUAUUAUAGCUUGACACAGUUCUAGCGAAUUUCUGACCUUUGUAUACAGCAACAACAUAUUCACUUCCUUGGCUUCGCCCAAACGUUUUCUCUUAUUAAUUCUUCGAGAUAGAAAAUCGACGAUCAAAGCCCUCAAUUUUUGUUUGCUCUAACUUGAAAACACAAGUAGAUUAGCAAAUGCUUGAGUGAAGAAAAAAAUUCUUAACUGUAGAUUUUACAGUCACUAUCAGAAAAGAACAGUACAUGCAAACAGAUAUAUGUAUUGAAAGUUUCAUGUUCCUUUUUAGCGUUAAGCUUGUAGUUAAUUCGAAAAUUGCGUAAAAGUAUGUAAAACUAUAGUUGGCUGGCGAACGAAGCGAGUGUUACAUCGUCGAAGAAUUUGUGAUAUCUCUACUGUACACAUAUACAUACAUUUCAAAUUCUUUAAAGAAUGCUAUGCAUUAGAGUCUCGGUUUUGGUGAAGUAGUUCCUGACUUUUCAAAAAUUUUCAACAAUUUCUCUUUAAAAUAGCCGCUUAUAUGUAUGCAUGUAAUGUGUGUAUGCUGCGGGAUAGCAACCGCAGUUUAUUACUUAAAGUUACACAUAAUGCGGUAGUGUGUAUUUCCUCUUUCUCCCUCUUACGCAUAUUCGCCCGAACUGGAUAAGAAAAAUGAGGAUUGUGCGUCAUUACAUUCCUAAAUACACGAUUGUAGCUUUGUCUUUUUGUGAUAAUUAUUUUCAUAUAUAUACAUAUAUAUAUAUAUAUAUAUUCAUAUUCAACAUAUGUAUAUAUAUAUAUAUAAUAUUCUUAUAAGCAUAAAUGUAUUGCCACUAGUAAAACAAAGAAUUCGCUCAUUUCUCGAAAAUCAUUUAGUGUAGUAUGUUAAACAUUUCAAUUGGAUUCAAAUUCUAGUAAAAGAAAAAUUUCAAUGUUGACUAAAAUAAUCAUAUCUAUAGUUGCGUUGUAUUCAGUGAUUAUCAGCGAUCAAGCCUAUGCCAUAAGAUGCUUUAAAUGUUUAGUAACCGAAGAAGUUUCGUUUGCAAACGAAGAAGAAAAUUUGCCGAAUAUAACGCCAGCUUGUUCGAAAUUUGAUAGUUCAUCAAAAUUCAUUGUAGAGUGUCCAUACUCUACAAUGUGCAUGAAGACAAUUUCCACCAUGUAUUUGCAGUACGGCUUAGAACAAAACACAAUUACGCGCGGGUGUGCUCCGCAAAAAUCGUCUACAUUGGUGUUUCGAAAUGGAAAUUGGCACAAGGAAGAUUCCGUGAAGGAUGUUUAUGUAGAAGAAUGCAGGUUAAUAAAUGAAAAUGUUUUGGCGGCUUCUGUAAAAACCCUUUGCUAUUGCGGGAGCGAUUUAUGUAAUUCAGCGAAACGACUGAUAAUACCGUUAUGCCAACUUACGACAUUGUCCAUACUUCUACUAAUAAACAAUUGAAAUAAAAUAAAAUAUUUUAUAAGGUUGUAGCGAUAUUUGGAUUCGGCUUGCAUGCAUAUUUCCACUUUGAUUUCUUACCUUUGCGUCAUUUUCCAC